UAUGAAUACAAGGCAUGACCAAUAAGACACUUAGAAGUCCUUGUUUUGGGAGCAUUCCUAAUCUUUGCCUCCAUUCUUCGCUGAAAAUAUUUUAUAUUUAGAAAUGGAAGUGGAAUGCAACAAUGUCACAAUCGAGGUGGUCAAUCAAUUGUUAGAAUUGUAUCGAGUACUAUUCAUAUAUCCAAAUAGAUUGGAGUAGAAUAUUUCGAAUCCAUUAAAAGCAACAAGUUUUUGAUUUUCAAAAACAAAACUUAAUAGUUAUUGAUGAGAGGAACUGUAAAUCAAUGCAUGAAUGUUGCAUAUGAAGAAUUGAAACACGAAACUGCCUUAAAGAAAUCCAAACAUGUUUAAAGCCACGACUUACUUCCUCCACCAUCUCCAAAAGUCAACAUUCCUUAAAAAUCCUAAAAAUAAUAAGAGCUGGAAAAUCAACUCAAAUACAUCAAAGAACAAGAUUAAAAGUUGCAAGUGAAUCAACUCCUAGAAUUCCAUGGUUAUGAAUCCCAGAGAGUUACAAGAAUCCAUAACAAGUUCUAAUAUUCAUAUUACAUAGAGCAUUACAAGAAUAAGAAGAUCAAGUGUAAUUGAGAUUACAAAGACGAAGACUACAAUCAGUUAAAAUCAAAGGAUAAAGAGAAUGA